AUGCAGUUUACCAUCACUGAAAGGGAUGAAUCAGGACGGAUAAAUGUAGCGUUCUCAACGACCAGUGCCUCUGGCAAACCUCCCGGGGAAUACCUGGGGGUCGUGGAAGCUGACAAAGGAAGAACGAAUUGGCGGCUGUUCUUGGCUAACGUCUUUCUGCCCGCAGGUUACCCAACUAGUGUCUCGCCAGAUUAUCUACAAUACCAAAUAUAUAAUGCAGUGCAAGCGUUCUGCAGCUCUCUAUCUGGGCUCAUCGCAUCUCGAGCGGUGCUAGAAGGACACGGUGUCGGCAAUGCGUCCGCCUCAGCCACCCAUGCGAUUUUUCUCACCGUAAUCCAAGAUGUCUUCGGUCGUCUAACAACCGUAAUAGCCGGUUACUACCUUGGGACGUCUCUUUUCCCGGAAGCGAAGACCUACCGGUUACUCGCGGACAUAUUUAAUGACGCUGCGAUUCUGCUGGACGCGCUGUCGCCGCACCUCACUUCCGUGAGCAUCUCACUGCGGUAUCCAUUCGUAUCCUACGGCUCGAGUUCGUACCUCCGCGUCGUAUCGCUAUGUCUCAGCGGUACAUUCCGUGCACUCUGCGGCGUUGUGGCCGGGGGGUCCAAGGCAGCGCUGACGGUGCACUUUGCGACUUCCGGGAAUAGGAUCGGAGACGUGGGUGACUUAAAUGCGAAAGAUGGGAGCAAAGAAACCGUCCUUGCGUUGCUUGGCAUGCUGGGUGGAACCGUGGUCAUGCACUAUGUUCACAGCUCCGGCCCCACAUAUUUAGUGUUCUUCAUGCUCUUGUUCUGCCACCUCGCCGCCAACUAUGUUGCCGUCAGAGCCGUCGUGAUGCGUUCGUUCAACAGACAGCGGGCGAAUAUUGUUUGGAUGGCAUAUCGCGCCAAGUUCGCAGAGGGAAAUAAGGCUAUUCUCACUCCCGAAGCGGUAGCAAGGCGUGAACGCAUAUUUGGGAAUCCUGCUACGUUGUACGACGCUUCUAGCCCACGACUGCGUCUAGGGUUCUGCAAAAUCGGCGCCCCCUUCGCAUCCAUAUUGUCCUCUCAUCACUCCAUCAGAUCGAAUUCUGGUGAUGCGCGAUUUCGUGGCUCCGACGGCGAUCUAUCUGUCUCACAGGUGCACGCCAUACUCGAGGUCUUCACGGACGAGAGAUACGUCCUAUGGUUCGAUCCAAACCCACAGCACACAUCGUUGCAUUUGCGCAUUUGCAUGAAGGAAGGACACACUGCAAUCGAUCACCUCAAAGGAUGGGCGCACGCGCUGGAGCUGGCACUGCACGUUGUCGGGUCCGUUCCGAACACGUUCGACGAGCGCAUCGGCGCCGUUCGGACUUCGCUUUGCAAGGUCAUGGACAUGUUCCCUUCCUUCCUUCAGUCCGCGCAGACCUCCGGAUGGCGCACGGAUGAGGGCGGGCUGCUCGCUGGGUCUGCGCGCGCUCUCUCGGUGAAAUAUGGGCAGGACCUCGAGGGAGAAGCGGUUGUGGGAAAGGAAGACAGGAAGAAUGUAUAG